AUGGACCCAGGGACCCAGGGACCCAGGGACCCAGGGACCCAGGGACCCAGGGACCCAGGGACCCAGGGACCCAGGGACCCAGGGACCCAGGGACCCAGGGACCCAGGGACCCAGGGACCCAGGGACCCAGGGACCCAGGGACCCAGGGACCCAGGGACCCAGGGACCCAGGGACCCAGGGACCCAGGGACCCAGGGACCCAGGGACCCAGGGACCCAGGGACCCAGGGACCCUUCUAAAUGUUUCUGAAAAGUUCAAAUUCCCGCCAAUCCCUCUGAAAUUUCAGAACUCCUUAUGCAAUGGUAUCACUGGCUCCUCCUCAUAA